CAGGGCGCUAACCGUGUUGGGGAAUGCCAAGACACCCCACCCUCUCAGCUAAAAUACAAUUGUCAACUACGAACAUCGAACAACAACACGAGGAUCGGCGAACUGACUGGCUUGGUCUGGGAGGUGAAUGGCUAAAGUUCAAACACCAAGGAUAUUUGCUCACCCUGCAUCAGUUACCAGCUCCUUUUCUGCAAUUCCGCGUACCUCACCAACACUCCUACACCAGUCAGCGCACCCAGGGCCGCAAAAUGAGUACAGUAUUUGCUGAGUUCAAAGAAGCUCAGCAGACAGGCAUUGGUUCUGCACUGGCCGCUACAAUCACUCCUGUUGCCCCUCCAAAGGACCCAGAUAGGCUGCGAAAUUUGUAUUAUUUCACAAAUGCUGCCAAUGUUCAGGUGGAUAUCAGAUAUGCUCUCCUUCAAGACCGAUCAACGGGGAUCAAACUUCCGAAGCAGGAAGGCAAUGUGUGGGUAGAAAUUUUCGUGGCAUACUGGAAAGCUGUGGCCGAAAUAGUCGAAAUUGAAGAGUCGCCUCAGACGGGGAGUUGGGCCAAGGUCUUCAACGCUUGGAAGCAGGUUGCCAAUCUUCUCAUACGCGGGUACACCAAUGGAGGAUUCCAGGCAUGGACGCUGCCUUGUCUAUAUAUCGUUGGGAGAUAUCUUCGAAUAUUUGCGGUGGAAGCGGAUGCCAGCACGUCUCAGGAUUCAGAUGCUUAUAAUAAUAGCUUCCAAGACGACGUGGUAUCCGAUCCCAGUAAGAAUGCCAAACUGGAGGAGUCAUCUCAAAUCAUUAACCGAAUGUUCACGUUGUGUCUCCACGAUAGGGCACCUAUUGAAGAGUCUCGUAAAUGGGGCGUGUAUAACACUGUGAACCUUUCUUUCAAAACAUAUUUUAAGCUCGGGGCCAUAUCAUCCUGUAAGAGCUUGCUGCGGGCUAUAAAUGCAUCGCACGCAGAUUUACCACCCAUUUCGGCCUUCCCCAAAUCACAUAUUGUCACCUUCAAAUAUUAUCUCGGAGUGAUAUGUUUCCUAGACGAGAACUACGCAGAGGCUGAAGAGCAUUUGACGUACGCGUGGAAAAUGUGCCAUCCCGACGCCAAGAAAAAUAAAGAACUAAUUCUUACCUACCUUAUUCCCUGCCACAUCGUAACAACCCACACACUGCCGACACGUCGACUCCUUGCCCCCUAUCCUCUUCUCGAGAAGCUCUACAGUCCCUUGAGCAAGUGCAUCAAGAAAGGCGACCUUACGGGCUUCGACACGGCGAUGGCUGCCGGUGAGAAUGAAUUUGUCAAGAGACGUAUAUAUCUACCGCUCGAACGGGGACGAGACAUCGCUCUCCGAAAUCUUUUCCGGAAGUGUUUUUGGCUGGAGGAUACGAUCCACCCGUGAACGGACAACCACCUAUCCGGCGUACGCGGAUCCCUGUUGCGGAAUUCGCUGCUGCAAUUAGGCUAGGCAACAAGGUGGAUGAAAAGGUUCCGCUUGACAUGGAUGAAGUUGAAUGCUUUCUAGCAAAUCUCAUUUACAAAAACUUGAUGAAAGGAUACAUUUCUCGGGAAAGAGGUAUUGUGGUGCUAAGCAAAGGCGGCACCGCGUUCCCCGGAACCGGGGUCUAAUAUACCUCACACCACAGAACCUAUAUUCAUUCAUCCGUGGUUCUUAUUCUGCCGUGCGAUUUUCCUCGAAAUAAUAAACACUCCUCUUUUCUUAGCUUUCCUUGGCUCGCGAACAAGGAGAGCGAUGGAAAUGUAAUCGAUAUGCGCGCCUGUAUUCAUAUGACAAAUCAUUAGAGAAUAUUCCCCCUUUCCCGCCAACUUCCGCGGAUACUAUCUCAAGCCUGGCCGCUUAUCUGCACCUUCGUAUUAUACGGACAUGCUCUGAAUAUAUUAUUGAGUCGUCUUCGCGCAGCUGGUACUACCUACAUAUCUGAAAGUUCAACAAGCGCCUCAACUACUUCGCUCUAAAGUCAUCCAAUCCAACUAACACCGACACCACCACCACCGCCACUACUACCAGCAAAGAUACCCACCUGCCUAUCCCACUAACAAAUUCACCUACUCAUUGGCGCGCAAAAGGCACCCUUCGCCAGAGCUGUCAUGCAAACCCAGGCAAGGGGACAGGACCAGCCCAAUACAGUGGCUCAUACACACAUCUUCUCUGACAUCAUAGAAAGAGGGUAAGUAGCAUGAGAGAGAGAAGAGAUGUGAUAUUCUACAGUUGUAUAUACAGUAGUGGCAGGAAGUCAGCGUACUAGCGGCUCGGCGCUGAGAAUCUAGAUAUCAACCCGCUUCUCUAUCUAUUGAAUCAAAUCUCAACCAGGUAUCUAAUGUAGCCUUACAUACAUGAUUUCUAUGGCUAAAUCAAUAGAGAAUACCUAUAUGCACUUUCUUUUUCUAAUAUUUAGUUGAGCCAUGUUUAGACAAGACGUCAGAAUUAGACUGACCGUGUGACCGUGUCUGGGACCAGGAUCAGAAUAUUUUAUGGGUCU